CAAGGACCCCGUGUGCUCAUCACCUCAGGUUCCUUCGUUCCUACCUUCAGUUCUGCACCUGCGGCCCGGUUUCCAUGCCUAAUGUACCUUACUGCGUACAUACCUAACUUACGUACGCUAAGACCACGGCAUUGUACCUUCGUAGUCUCGUCCCAAGAAAUUCGACAGUCAAAGAAAAAAAAAAUAGCCCGAGACAUCCAUUCCAUUGUCGGUUCCAGCGAUAUUCCAGAUCAAAGUCUCUUCAAGUUCCAAUUCCACGCGUCAACGCCGUUAAACGUCCACUAUCCUAUCUUCAGCCACCUACCUACCUACCUACCUUACCAAAGGUAGAUAGGUCCCUGACGUACCACUUUCGCCCGUCUUCGUCGAUUUGCUCCAGGUCGUGGUCCCUCACUCGUCCCACGUUAAUCCGUUCUCCGUGUGCUCCCCCCGGUCCAUCAGCACCUGCCCAGGUACCCACGCACAAGCGACGCCCAUCUUCCAUUGUACAGCACACCACCAUUACCACCACCACAACCACCUCCUCCAUCGCCGUCCCGCGCUCAUCCGUGUAUCCAAGGCCACAUUUCAUCCGCACGAUACCCAUCACUUCCCCGUCCGACCGGUCACAUUGGACGACCCAUCCUCCCACGAACCCAUCAUCGAGCCUCUCGCAUGAAUUACCUCCGUUUCACCCCCUGCCUCUCCACCUAAACACAUCCCCCAACUCUCCUCGCUCACGGUCACCACCACCGUCGCACCGGGAAUCUACCUCUCACCACGGCAAAGCCGCAAAUCCGCAAAGCUCGCGCCCUCACUCACCUCACUCCUCCACGCCACGAAACCACGCCUGUCCUGGCUUCUUCCUUGUCUCGUCCCGUCUUCGCAAGCAGCCUGCCGCCACCUGAGCCCGAGCCUCCAUCUCGUAUUACCUGAUUAGACUUGCGCCGCAUCGCUCAACUCCCCCCCGACCUCUCAAAAUGGCCGACCUCCGCUCCCCAUCCGACGACAACCUACCCUCCCACAACGAACAGCGCGACAGAGCAAGCAGCAUGUCGCUAGGAAACACAGAAACCGCAGCUCCCUCACAGAAUGGGGGAGCCGCAACGGCAAACGGCGGCCCUCCCGCCAGUACAGACACGGGCUCAGCGCCUACUUCUGAGGUCUCGCGCCAGGUCCAGGAAGUGCUAUCAUCAGACAUUGGUGUCGCGACCAUGCUAAACCAGCUCAAGGCGAGUAUCGCUUCCGCAAAGGAAUUUGCACUCUUCCUCAAGAAGCGAUCACACAUCGAAGAAAGCCACGCCUCCUCACUCAAGAAGCUCUCCCGUAUAAGCCAGGAAACAAUGCACCAGCCCGAUCACAGGCAAGGCUCUUUUGCGCAGGCCUACAGCGAAAUGAUGUACAUCCACGAGCGCAUGGCCGAAAACGGAACGCAAUUCGCCCUCUCACUACAACAGAUGCACGACGACUUGCUCGAGCUGGCCGCCGUGGCCGAGCGUAGCAGAAAAGGAUGGAAGGCCAACGGCUUGGCGGCGGAACACAGGGUGGCAGAAUUAGAGGCUGCGAUGCGCAAGUCCAAGGCCAAAUACGACAGUUUGGCUGAGGAGUACGACCGCGCGCGCACUGGCGACACCAGCAGGAACAGCGGCAAAAUGUUCAGCUUGAAGUCCAAGUCUGGCCCCCAGCACGAGGAGGAUCUCUUGCGCAAAGCCCAAGGCGCCGAUCAGGAUUACCAGGCCAAGGUACAGACACUGCAGAGUGAGAAGGCCGAAUUGAUUGCAAGGACGAGGCCGGAGGCCAUUUCUGCUCUUCAAGACUUGGUCAAGGAGACCGACUCUGGUCUGGCGCUGCAGAUGCAGAAGUUUGCCUCCUUCAACGAGAAGCUGCUCUUGAGUAACGGUCUCAGCAUCAGCCCCAUCAAGGGUCAAGGUUCUGGCGGAGGACCGCGCAGUCUUCGUGAGGCCGUUCUGGCCAUUAACAACGAAAAGGACCUUCACGAUUACCUGACGUCUCACCACUCGAAGGUUGCCAACAAUAACGGCGAGGUCAAAUAUGAGAAGAACCCGAUCUUGGCAACCGCCCGCCAGCAAGCAAUGGGCCACCAACCCAAUGCUUCGGUAUCAAACGUACCGCCGGCGGCGCCAUCCGGAUCAUUCUCUGGGCCACCAGGAGGACCAAAUCAGCAACAGCAACGAGAUAUGCCACCUCCCGCUAGACCUGGCAAUUUCCAGCCGCCAGCCGACUCUCCCCAAAGCUUUGCGCCGCCUAAUAUGCCGGCUGCUCAACAGCCAAGGCCAUCGUCUCAGCAGCAGCACCCUCCCCCUCAAGCGCAGCAGCACGGCCGUAGCUUCAGUACCAACAACAUGCUGAACCAGCCCAGCCAACAGCAGCAGUUCCAGUCGAACCGCAACUCUGGUGUUGUAGCGCCAACGUACAAUAGCGGUGGCAUGUCCUCUCAAGGACCGCCACAGCUAGGAGCAUUGCCAUUCCAGACAUCGCAGUCGCCUCCGCCGCCGCAGCAGCAGCCCCAGCAACGAGCGCCGCCGCCACAAAGCCAGUACCAGCCUCCUCAGCAGCACCAGGCUCCUCCGGCACAACAAUAUCCUCCUCAAGGACCACCACCAGGUGCAGGAGGAUACCCUCAACAGAACAGACAAUCCCCUCCUCUCGGCGGUCCUUCCGGGCCGUCGCCCAAUGCCGCGAGGCCCACAUUCGGGCUCAGCCUGCCUCGCUUGUAUGAGCGAGACGGCUUGCCUGUGCCCAUGGUCGUCUAUCAGUGUAUCCAGGCAGUGGACCUCUACGGACUUGGCGUCGAGGGUAUCUACCGACAGUCCGGCUCGCUAACGCAUAUUAACAAGCUCAAGACCAUGUUCGACACCGACUCGAGCAACCCAGCGUUGGACUUCAGAAAUCCCGAGAACUUUUACCAUGACGUCAAUAGUGUUACUGGCCUGUUGAAGCAGUUCUUGCGUGAUCUCCCGAACCCCCUGCUCACUACAGAGCAUCACAGCGAAUUGAUCGAGGCAGCCAAACAAGAAGAUGACAUCGUUCGCCGAGACUCCCUCCACGCCAUCAUCAACAGCCUCCCUGAUCCCAACUACGCCACUCUGCGCUCGCUGACCCUCCACCUCCACCGCGUCAUGGAGAACUCCCAUGUCAACCGGAUGAACUCCCACAACCUCUCCGUCAUCUUUGGCCCCACGGUCAUGGGCACCGAUCCGGCAACUAGCAUCGCCGACGCCGGAUGGCAGAUCAAGGUUGUCGAUACAAUUCUGCAAAACACCUACGAGAUCUUUGACGACGAAUGAUUGCGGCAUGGCUUGCACUCGUUUCAGGGUCCCUGUUUCAAGUCCUAAAAAUUCGCAGGUCUCCUGAUGCAGUUUAAAUUGGGCUGACACGUACAUACAAUCGCCCAUGUAUUCAGGCGAUGAAUUGUUCGCCGACGACAGGUCUUUCAAGAUCGGUUACAAGGCAUGGAUAUUCAAAAAUGGUCUGGAUUCUGCGGCUUUCGGCAAAGCGUAAGGGUGGCGUUUGGGGGUUCAGAACUCUAUCCUUUUUCUUUUCAAAUUUCAGGGAUACCAGGGUUCUGUAGCACAGCACAGCACAGCGUCGCGUUCAGCGUCCUCUUUUGUUUUCUCUUCCUCUCUUUGCAACUCUCUGCUUCCUUUCUCAGAUGGUCCUUUUGUCGGAUGACUGCCGAGUCGGCCUGGGACGCACCGAAGGGAAGGGCGCCGUAGGAUUAUGUAGCAACCUGGAUGAAGGGGGUGCGCAGGAAAUAUGAGCAAUCAAUUCGUUCAUGUGAUGUUUUUGCUUUGUGCCUUUGCGUGAAUGUUGGCAUACAUAUGUCUAUCAUUGUGAUGGUCACUACAAAGCUGCCUCGUUCUUGCCC